AUGAACCAGCCCUACCCUCUUACUAAGGAGCAAGUUCGCCUGCUUCUUCUUUAUGACUUCCGAAUCAAGAAGAAGGCAGCCAAUUCCAUCGCUGACAUCAAUACCGCGUUUGGCCCGGACACUGUGUCCAAGAGCACUGCCUAUGAUUGGUACAGUCGCUUCCAGAAAGGAAAUGAAAGCCUGGAAGACCAGCCACGCACCGGUCGUCCUUCGGAGUUUGAUAACUCUGCCUUGCAGGAGGCACUGGAGGCCAACAACCGGCAAACAUCGCGAGAGCUUGCGGACUUGCUGGGUGUCUCCCAUACAACUAUCCUUCAUCAUCUGGCUGAGCUUGGCAAGAAGGCAAAGUUGGGGUGCUGGAUUGUGGAUCCUACAGAGGUGUUUGCUGAGUUUCGACUGGCUGACAAGCCAUUGACAGAGGACCAGAUCAUGGGUGAAGUCCUGAGUCUUCUCCUUGGGGACACUCGCAUCUGGGGAGCUGGUGUUUAUUGGGACCGUGAUACAUUUCCCAACAAGACUCUCUUUGCACCAUAUGCUUACAAAACACAACUCAAUACUCGAAAAUUCAACAUUGAUGAUAUGGCACGCCUCAACUCUACCAAAGAGGUGUACACCAACAAGAAGUGGUUCAAGGACCUUAAGGCUCGUUGGGCUACAAACUUGGAGUCUCUGGAAGAAUUCUUUGUCAAGAUCCACAUCAGGUCAAAUUCCUCAGGUCAAUAUGUACGAAAAUAUGAACGCUACCCUAUGAGUUUCCGAGCACCAAAACUGGAGCAUGGAUGGUGGUCCACUCCAUUCUUUGACUGUGAUGGCUUCCAUCAACAAUGGGUCGUCAUGUAUGCUGCUCCCUUUUUUGGCUGGGAUUCACUUCGCAACAAACUCAAAUUCAUGGGAGCAGUGACAGUUGCAAUGGACAUCUGGCAGAUGGACAUUGAUCAGUGUCCAGACAAUUAUUGGGUCCCCAAUGUCUUCAAGGACUCACACAAGUGUGAUAGGAAAACAUCCUAUUGCGUCCCCAUUCUUGGUCGAGGCUUUGACACUGGAAGCUACAAAUGUGAGUGUCUUCAGGGUUUUGAGUACCCAUAUGAAAAUCUCAUAACAUAUUAUGAUGGACAGCUUGUGGAGUCUGAGUAUGAGAACAUUGUCAAGGACAAGCCCUCAAGAUAUGACACCCUGAAGUGUCGAUUGGCUGGUGCAUCCACCAUCGGAUUGAACUGGCUUCUCCUGCCACUUUUGUUGACCCUGCUGCUGCAACCAUAGCCAUUUCUUGUUUUGUUUGAGUGAUGUUAGAGCACAUGAGCAAAACAUACUUGCAUUAUUUGAUCUGUGAGUUAAAUCUGAUAUAUUGUCAAGAAGCUCCUUCAACUGUUCAUGUUCAUUUGUACCUCUUCUUUUUUUUAACCUUUGUACUUUUUACUGAAGCAAAUGAGCACUGGUUGCAAAUGAUGUGCUCUUUUGUCUUGAGCUUUAUCUGUGUAUCUCACCCAAUUCCGUCCAUUGAGACUACUACUUUGUGUCUAUUUUUUAUAAGGUAUAGUAUUUCCUAUAUCAUUAGUCAAAGUGUAGAAGACAUAUGCCUGGUAUUUUUCAG